AUGUCUCAAGGCAAGACUUUCACUCUCAACACUGGUGCCAAGAUCCCUCUCCUGGGAUACGGCACAUGGCAAGCCUCCCCCGGUGAGGUCGGUCAGGGUGUCUACGAGGCCCUCAAGGUUGGCUACAGACACUUGGAUCUGGCCAAGGUCUACGGAAACCAGCCUGAAAUCGCCGAGGCCUUGAAGAAGUCCUUUGCUGAGAUCCCUGGCCUCAAGCGAGAGGAUGUCUUCAUUACCUCCAAGCUCUGGAACUCGCAGCAUGACCCUAAGCAAGUUGAGGCUGCUUUGGACGACUGCCUGCAAGAGCUCGGUCUUGAUUACCUUGACCUCUACCUCAUCCACUUCCCCGUCUCUUUCAAGAACUCGGGAGCUCCCAUUGGUCAGGAUCUGUUCCCUCUCACCGGAGGAAAUCAGCCCGAUGGUGACGUCGUCAUCGAUGACAGCAUCUCCAUCGUCGACACAUGGAAAGCCGUGACAGAGCUGCCCAAGUCCAAAGCCCGCGCCGUCGGUGUUUCCAACCACACCAAGGAGCACCUCGAGGCAAUCAUCAAGGGCACUGGAGUUGUCCCUGCUGUCAACCAGAUUGAGCGCCACCCUCUCCUGAUCCAGAAGGAUCUCAUUGACUACUGCAAGGAGAAGAACAUCCACGUUACCGCAUACUCUGCUUUCGGUAACAACAUGGUCAACGCUCCCCUCCUCUUCACCUACCCUGAGAUCAAGGCCGUCGCCGAGCGAUUGACCAAGGAGAAGGGUCAACCCGUCUCGCCUACACAAGUCCUGCUCGCCUGGGCUCAGGUUGGUGGCCACAGUGUCAUCCCCAAGUCUGUUACACCUAAGCGUAUUGCCGAGAACUUCCAGGAGAUCGACUUGUCUGAGGACGAUAUCCGCGAGAUUGAGCAGGUUGGCAAGGAGCAGCGCCGGUACAACGUUCCUUAUGUCGCUAACAAGCCUCGGUGGGAUGUCAACAUCUUCGGCCAUGAGGAUGAGAAGCCUGCCACCCACCAGGUCAUUAUUUAAACAAAAUUAAAAGUAGAUAUAGAAGCGCUCGACUUAUUUUCUCGUCUUAUGAAGAAGUGUAUAUCGGGCCUGCGUACUUGGACUCAAACCAGUGAUUUAUGAAGGUUCACAUAAAAUGAUAGGUAGAUGUCAAUUCGAAACGCAAUAGACAGA